AUGCGUAUUCGUCUACAGCCUCGCAGGAGACCACAAGGUAAGCGACCCCCAGGUAAGCUGAAUAUUGCCUUGUCGUCUUUGCCCGCUCACCAUCUCCAUUUUAGCAAUGAGCUAGCUCAACGGCUAGACAACCUUCCUAUCGCUGCCGCCGACGACGCCGCCGCCGCCGCAGCCGAGAACGCCUCCGUGGAGAACCGCUGGUGUCAACUGCGAGACACACGGUCCAGUCGACGGCGCACGCCGUCCUCGGUCGCGCUCCCCGCCAACACCAGGACUGGCUCGACGACAACGACGCCGCCAUCAGAAAUCUACUUGCUGGGAAGAACCGCCUACACAAAGCCUACGUAGAUCACCCUACUGAUGCCACCAAAACUGCCUUAUUCCGCAGAUCCAAGGCUACGCGGACCGCGACGAGUGGAAGAACAUCUUCUCCGCCAUCAUAGCUGUCUACGGUCCGCCGAAGAAGGGCACUGCUCCUCUCCUCAGCGCCGACGGCAACAUUCUCCUGACUGAGAAGACACAAAUUCUACAGCGAUGGGCCGAGCAUUUCCGAGGCGUCCUCAACCGCUCCUCCGUCAUCUCCGACGCCGCCAUCGACCGUUUGCCGUAAGUGGAGACCAACGCGGACCUCGACCGCCCGCCAUCUCUCCAGGAAACCAUCAGGGUCGUGCAGCAGCUCUCCGGUGAGAAAGCACCCGGAUCGGACGCAAUACUUGCUGAGGUGUACAAGCACGGAAGUCCCCAACUCAUGGAUCACCUGACUGCGCUCUUCCAGGAGAUGUGGCGUCAAGGUGAAGUGCCGCAAGAUUUCAAAGACGCAACCAUCGUGCAUCUCUACAAGCGAAAAGGGAAUCCCCAAGUCUGCGACAAUCACCGUGGCAUCUCCUUGCUGAACAUCGCCGGGAAGAUCUUUGCUCGCAUCCUGCUCAACCGCCUCAACAACCACCUGGAACAGGGCCUUCUGCCGGAAAGCCAAUGCGGCUUUCGUCGUCAUCGCGGGACCACGGAUAUGAUCUUCGCCGCCCGUCAACUUCAGGAGAAGUGCCAGGAGAUGCGGACCCACCUGUACUCUAACUUCGCGGACCUGACGAAGGCCUUCGAUACGGUGAAUCGUGAAGGACUGUGGGAGAUCAUGCAGAAAUUCGGCUGCCCGGAGCGAUUCACUCAAAUGGUGCGUCAGCUGCACGACGGUAUGAUGGAGCGAGUCACGGACAACGGAGCUGUCAUGGAGGCAUUCACAGUGACCAGCCGAGUGAAGCAGGGAUGCGUGCUGGCGCCUACCCUCUUCAGUCUCAUGUUCUCUGCCAUGCUGAUGGACGCCUACCGCUACGAACGCCCCGGGAUCCGCAUCGCCUACAGGACGGACGGUCACCUGCUGAAUCAACGGCGGAUGCACUUCCAAUCGCGCGUAUCCACAACCACCGUUCACGAAUUUCUCUUCGCCGAUAACUGCGCCCUGAACACCACCUCGGAAGAGGAGAUGCAACGGAGCAUGGACCUCUUCUCUGCCGUCUGCGAGAACUUCGGUCUGGUCAUUAACACGCAAAAGACGAUGGUCAUGCAUCAACCGCCACCCCACUCAGUCACAGCCCCCAACGCGCCGCCGCAAAUCAGCGUGAACGGAACCCAACUGUAAGCGGUGGAGAACUUCCCGUACCUGGGCAGCACCCUCUCCCUUAAUACCAAAAUCGAUGACGAAGUCGCUCGCAGGAUCUCGAAAGCCAGUCAAGCCUUCGGUCGCCUCCAAAGCACAGUUUGGAAUCGUCACGGCCUUCAACUGAGCACGAAGCUGAAGAUGUACAAGGCCGUCAUCCUGCAGACGCUACUGUACGGAGCGGAGACAUGGACAGUGUACACAAAGUAGGCACGCCGACUGAACCACUUCCACCUCAGUUGUCUUCGUCGCAUCCUGAGGCUGAACUGGCAGGAUCGAAUCCUCGACACUGAUGUGCUGGAACGGACGGGAUUCCUCAGCAUCUACAUCAUGCUGAGACAAAUGCAGCUGCGCUGGAGCGGCCAUCUGGUGCGCAUGGAUGACGAGCGACUACCCAAACGACUCUUCUACGGAGACGUCGCCACGGGCUCUCGCCGCCAAGGAGGCCAAAUUCGUCGAUACAAGGAUACUCUGAAGUCCUCCCUGAAGCAUCUGCAAAUUAACCCGAUCAACUGGGAAGAGCUCGCCCUCGAACGACCGACCGACCUGGAGGAGGACAGUGAAGACAAGCGCUGCGAUCCAUGA